GACAUGGGAAAGUCUCUUUCUCAUUUGCCUUUGCAUUCAAGUAAAGAAGAUGCUUAUGAUACAGUCACAUCUGAAAAUAUGAGGAAUGGGCUGGUUAAUAAUGAGGUCCAUAAUGAAGAUGGAAGAAAUGGAGACGUCUCUCAGUUUCCAUAUGUGGAAUUUACAGGGAGAGAUAGUGUCACUUGCCCCACUUGUCAGGGGACAGGACGAAUUCCUAGGGGGCAAGAAAACCAACUGGUGGCAUUGAUACCAUAUAGUGAUCAGAGAUUAAGGCCAAGAAGAACAAAGCUGUAUGUGAUGGCUUCUGUGUUCGUCUGUCUGCUCCUUUCUGGAUUGGCUGUGUUUUUCCUUUUUCCUCGCACUAUUGAUGUGAAAUACAUUGGCGUAAAAUCAGCAUAUGUCAGUUAUGAUGUUCAAAAGCGUACAAUAUACUUAAAUAUUACAAACACACUAAAUAUAACGAACAAUAAUUAUUAUUCUGUUGAAGUUGAAAACAUCACUGCUCAAGUUCAGUUUUCAAAAACAGUUAUUGGAAAGGCACGCUUAAACAACAUAACCAAUAUUGGUCCACUUGACAUGAAACAAAUUGAUUAUACAGUACCUACUGUUAUAGCAGAGGAAAUGAGUUAUAUGUAUGAUUUCUGUACACUGAUAUCUAUCAAAGUGCAUAACAUAGUACUUAUGAUGCAAGUUACUGUGACAACAACAUAUUUUGGCCACUCUGAACAGAUAUCCCAGGAGAGGUACCAGUAUGUCGAUUGUGGAAGGAAUACAACUUAUCAGUUGGGGCAGUCUGAAUAUCUAAAUGUACUUCAGCCACAACAGUAAAAACUGAAAGAGAUGUGUUUAGAGAAGAAGAAAUAUGUGUUGAUAUUUCCUGUACUAUCAAAGAAGAGGUAUUUCCUAAUAGGAGAUCUUAAAUUGAACAAGCCUAAAGUUUACAAUUCUAUUUUAGGAGUACAGUGAAAAGUAAGUGGACUUGCAAUUAGUGCAACUGCCCACUCUGUGUUAGUGAUCUGUUUGUAACAGGAUCUUUUACUUGAGUCUGGAUUUACUGAUUUAUUGUUUUUCCCUCAUCCACAAAGGGGAAAACUGACACUUCCCCUAUAAUACAAUAAAUAAUUAUUUAAGAGUCAUAUCUCCAGUCACUACUGAAACAUAAUUUUGGUGAUGAACAUAAUUUGAGAAUGUUUUUAUAAAAAAUUACUGAAAGGCUAUUAUUCAUGAAAGACUUUUCAAAAAUAACCUUUUUUCCUGUUUUAUAAAUUCCCAUUGUUAUAUGGUAGUAUUUCAGGUACGUGAUAUUUUAGCUUUUAGCUAAACAUUUUUAGCUUUUCAUUUAUUGAAAUUCUACUCAUUUGCAUGUUUUUGUCAAUCUAAUUUCAAGCUAGUGACUACAUAGCACUAACAAACCAAAUUAAUCUUUGCAAAAUUCCAUACCUAAAAUUUUAAAAGCCCCUAAAUAAUGUGUUCACAUGUCUUUCCAUAAUAGUUACAGUUUUGUGAAAUGUUUGUGUGAUCUUCAAACAUUGUCAUUUAAUGUACAAUAUUGUAAAUAAACUGUGCAUGGCUUUUAUACAGCUUUAAUCAAUGUCAAAGUGGUACAGAUUCAAAACUAAAGCAAGUUGCUCAUAAAAAAAAAUAGGAAAAUGAAAUUCAGAAACCCAUAGAAUGGAAAUAGGUUCCAAUUACAUGUUGGCUCUAGCAUAAAAAUAGAUUUGAAAUAAAGUAUUUUAAUGUUUCACUUCUUUUUAUGUUGCUUUUCAAACUAAAGAAUGGUGUAAAUACUUUUCACAACUAUUAGGUACCCACUUGUCAGUUUUACAAAUGUUUUAGAGGAGGAAUUAUUUCUUAGACAGAAAUUAUUCAAGCAAUCCUGUCAUUAAAUAUGGUGGCUAUAUAAAAAUAAAACUUAUUUUAAAAUUUA